AUGCAACGAGACGAUGCCGCCGCCCAUACCACCGUAGCUGCGCCGCCCGCCUCCAAGCAGCAGCAACAGCAACAGCAGCCCAAGGCACUCCGUUUUGUCACCAACUACGGCGCGCCGCAUCCCAAACGACGACGGAUUGGCGCCGCCUGCCUGACAUGUCGAAAGCGCAAGACUGCAUGCUCCGGCGAGCGACCCUUCUGCGAGACGUGCAAGCAGAACAAGCUCGAAUGCGCCGGCUACUCUACCGAGACUCCUGCCAAUCCAGGCCAUAAGCGAACUGCUUCAGAGCGGAGGGCUUCAGAGCAAGAUGGAGGUUCCAGACAAGACUCUUCCAGGAAGAGUCCGUUCUCGCCGAAUACCGAGCAAAAGGGACUGAAUGGACUGUCGCGCACCAUCUUUGGUGGACAGUCGCCUAGGAACAUGGCCGAAAGCACUGCACAAUCGGCCGAAGGCUCGAAGAAUGGAGAUGCUGCACGCGAUUCACUAUUCUCUGGCCCUCGAAAUCGUAUGCCCUAUUUCAGAUGGCUUGGUCCGACUGCCAUCAUGCCAGGAUUCAAGCAGAUGGUUGUCAAAGUCAAGCGCCAAGACACUGAUGUCGCUCGAUCAUCCACCAAUGGAGAUCCUGUGCGCUCGCCGUCGUUAAACAAUCUACAUGCAACCGAACCGAGAGUUCCAUCGCUGUAUUCGAACACUCCGGCGGCCGUGGAAUCUGACAUGCGGACACCUUUGAAUCUACCUUUCUACGACACCUCGCCCAUGCCACCAAGUGAGCUAAUCACACACCUAGCCAACACCUUCUUCACACAUCUUGGCUGCAAUUAUCCAUUCUUGCAGAGAGAGCGAUUCCUACGCGAUCUGGAGGAAAAGCAGGUGGACGCGAUCUUGGUGGAUGCCGUUUGCGCCCUGGCUGCUCGCUUUUCCACCCACUCUCUUCUGACCCAGGCCGCAAAUGAGGGUGAGAACAAGACCAGCCCGGCCGAGUAUGGACAUGCGUUUGCACAACGAGCGAAGACGGCCUUGAUCGAUACGUACGCUUGUCCCAGUGUGGCUGCGGCGCAGGCGGCUUUACUUCUUGCCUAUAACGAAUUUGGAGAGCAGCGUGACAGUGGACUGUGGAUGUAUCUCGGCAUAUCAAUACGGCUCGCGCAGGAUCUUGGACUGCACAAACUCGAAGGUUUACGAUACGUCGGCAAAGACGGUCCUACACCAAAGGCCGUGAAGCGAGAGUCGCAGAGUGGAUCGAAGUCUACAGAUACCGUGCCUACCCUCGGCAGCAUGCACAAGGCUGCAUUUACAGCAAAAUCUGUGGAUACGGCAAGGCAGAGUCCUGAGGAGCAAAAGGAGAUGGAAGAGACGAAAGCGGUCGAGCAAGAGCGUGUUGACACGUUCUGGGCCAUCUUCUUCCUUGAUCGAGUUGUCUCGUCUGGCACUGGCAGAAGGAGUACUCUACGCGACAAGGACAUCGAACUGUCCUUCCCAUCACUUACCGACACCUAUGGCAAAUCAGACUGGCCUCCUCCAUUUCCUGCUUUGAUCAGAAUCGUCCAUCUUUACGGAAGAGUCGCCGAUCUCCUCAAUAGCAUCAAGGAGCCAACGGACAUCACCGCAGACACGCCGAAACGCCUAGCAGCGAUGGAGCAUCAAGUCACCAAUUUCUAUCAAGGCCUUUCAGCUCGAUUGCACUUUGAUGCAGUCAACUUCCAGCACUACAUGAAGGCUGGCGAAGGGACAAACUUCGUCUUGCUUCAUUUCUGGUUCCACUUGCUGAUUGUCCUACUACAUCAACCUACACUUCUCAAGACCUUCGAAGGGCGCAUGCUGCAACUGUUCCCAAAUUCGCAACAGCUAUCUAUGAGCAGCGCCAAGACCAUCGCCGACAUCCUCAGCUAUUCGCAACUCAUGGAUGCCAAAGCAUCGCUCGGCAACCCUUUCACUACCCAGCCCAUCUACAUCGCAGCAUGUGCGUUCCUCAAGGAGACCGCCGAGCAGACAGCCACAAGCAACGCACAAUCCCGCGCCACCAGCCCUUCCCGCAGUAAGGACACGACUUCGGACAGCACCCCGUCAACAAUUGGCACACCGCUACAGACAUUGAGAAAGGGCUCCAUCUCUGGCAUCGCCAUUAGUAACACCUCACCUGGCGGGAAAACUGACACAGCAGAGGGUAAGAAACAGCUGGCAAAGCAUACUUUACUUGCCACUGCAGCCAGUCAGCACUAUCAGCUGUGCUAUAAGGCGCUACAGUCUCUGGAGACGUACUGGGCUGGCACGAAGUAUAUCCUGACGGUGCUGGAUCAAAAGUUUGAAGGCGUUGGGGAUCCAUUGCUAUACACUGUGGAAGAAGGAGAGUCGUCGAUGGAACAGCCUCGACCAGAACCCGCAUUCACCUCACCAGGAUGGCGAAGAAAGCUCAGCUGGGGACCAUACGGUACCAACUCUAGUAUGGAGAACAUCCAGUCACCUUUCUGGCCACCAAAAGGAUUCGGUCAUGUGCCUGGCAGCCCCAAGGGUGUGGAUCCUAGCAAAGGUGCGUAUAUGGGUGCGCAAGAGCCACCUGCCGUUGGAACCACUGACAAUACGUACACAGCCAUCGGCUGGACGUUGACGGGAACGAUGAACUCGCCAUCGACAAAUCUGGCAUGGCAUUACGCCAGUGGGGGCAAUAACCCCAACAUUGAUCCACGACUCAGCUCGCUUAACCCAUCUGAAUUUGAGGCGGCAACAGGACAGGUACAGAGUGUGCAAUACCCCAAGCAUCUCCGCAGUGGGUCGGGCUCAGCUACAUCAUCACAACGUCUGACAGCUCAGGAUAAGAUAAACCGACAACCACCUCAAUUCACGCCGGGUGGCACUGCUAUGUCGGGAGUUGACGCUAAGCCCAUGCACGGCUUGAACUCUCCUUUCAGCCAGACAGGGAGUACCGGGUCUCCAAUGGCAGGAGCAUUUCCACAAACCAUGCAACCACAGAUGCACAAUGGUGCCGGUCCAACCAGUGGGACUGCUCACAUGAACGGCAACAUACACCAGCCCUAUGUCCCCUUCCCGGAUGGCCAGGCCGGAAACUUUCCCAUGAAUUUUCUGCCCGGAGAUAUGAUGAUCGAGUCUCAGGAUGUCGACAUGAGCAUGCUGGGGCUGGAUAUGAUGCCUUGGUUCGACUCCUCAUACCCAACGCAUGACAUGAUGGGGAUGUUCGAUCCGAACUCGACAGGGGGUGCAGACAACUCAGGAGCUGGAGGCCAGCAGAGACAGCAUUAG